AAAAGUAAAGCUUUCAUUGUGGCAUAGUUGUAUGUGAAUAGGGUUUAAGAAAGGGAUGAAACGCAAACAAGAGUUUCAGUUAGCGAUAUUGGGUAAUUAAACAGUUAUAUAGCUGAUUAGUGGUGGGCUUGUAGCGAGAAAUUUUAAGCUAACGGUAGGAAUAAAAAAACACGAUUUGAGUACGUGACUAUUACGCCAGUGUUGGCAUUUCUCCAAACUUAAGUAGAAAAUUUUGUGAUGUAAAUAAAUUAUGAAAUACAUUUUUUCUUAAAAAUGUUACAUAUGCGUUUAAUAAAUAUUAGUAUUGUUUAAACAUUAAUUAAAUUUCUAUGGCUAUCUUCCUUUGAAUUUCCUUACGAUGCUAAAGUGCAGUUUUCUAAUUCUGCCAUUUUUGACAUUUUCAUAACGAAUCAUAAACGUCAAACUUUCGUUUGCUUCUCCCGCUGCGUCUUUACCGACAGUUGUGCAAAAAGCACAAAAUUUUAUACAGAAAAUCUUGCACAAAUUAUAAUUUGGCAAGAAAAACCUAAAUUCUACCAUUGAAAAUCGGUUGUUGUACUCCAGCCGUUUCAGAUGUUGUCUGAGGAAGAGGCUGCAAUGGACUACGAUGAGUUGACAUUGAAUCCAUUGCUAGCAGAAAUUGAGGCCGAAACUGACUUGGACUCGAAAAAAGAGAAACAACGCCGCUAUUGGACGCCGAAGGAAGAGCAACGUUUCUUUGAGAUUUGGGGACGUGACAAUUGGCGCUUAACGCGUCACGGAAAGAAUACGAUUUUUUUUGCACAAUGGGCUGUUGAACUGAAGGAGCGCUUCGAUAUUGAAGUGAAACCCGAGGAAAUACAAGCGAAAGUAAAUCAGACGCGCGCGAAAUUUAGACAAGUUAAGAAGCAGAUAGCUGCUGACAAAAAUGCUGUACGUUGGAAAAAGUUUGCCAUUAUCGAUAAAAUUCUUAAGAAUCAAUAUCGCCCUAAAGAUGCCGAACCAGUACCGAAAGAGGCAUUGGAGAAUAAUCGUGACAUCGAUUUAAGCGAAGUACCAUCGCCGCCAUCGCCACCACGUUCAGGACGACAGUCUUCACCCAAUAGUAUUACAUCGAGUUCCAACACGCAAGAAGCUACUAAUAAUGCUACGACUACGGAUAAUAACAACACUUCGGUAUCAUUAGAUUUGCCGGCUAGCACUGUAGACAUAGACAUCAAGAGUGAAUUUCUUACUGACUCCAGCAUCACUACUUCGCUGUUUAAUGCGAGCACUGAGCUCUUCAGCGAUCCAAUCGACGAGGUAAAAGCCGAAUACUCUAGCGAUUUUCACAGUUUUGGCAACUAUCCGCAGCCAAAUCAUUUCGAAACACAACCACCAACUCAAGAUGAUGACGAUGAGGAGCCACAGCUACACACUUUACAAACACCACAGCAAUUGUUGGAAGAACAAAAGCAGAAACAACAACAACUACAGCAACAGCAGCAACAAUACCAGCAGUAUCCAACAGCAUCAUCAACAGCGCCACCGCCUGACACCACAACAGCUACCAAUACGCAACAACAUUCUGAGCAACUACUGCAAACUGGCUAUGAUCAUAGUAACACAUACGCCAAUCAAAAUCAUUAUGCGGCAACAUCUACACCAGCACCAACGACAGCUACUAAUAAUCAAUACGCCGGUAGUAAUAAUAAAAUUAAUAAUAAUAGUGCUAGUGGUACUGCAGCACCUAUGCAACCACCAACGUCGGGUCUGGGUCGCGGUGCACCUGGUCAACCGCGCCGACGUCGCACAUCACACGCCAAUAACGUGCUGGUGGCUGCACAGGCUGGCGCCGAAUCCUUAGAAUCUAUGUACCUAAAUGAGGUGCGUAAAAAGAAUAUUUUACUUGCGGAGCAGUUGGAAAUCGCACGCAAGCGUAUGCAAUUAGAGGAGCGUAAAGUGAAUCUGUUGGAACGUUUCUUUCCACAAUGUUUGGAAAUGCAGGAGCAAAUACUUGGAAAACUUAAUAGCAAUACUUAAAGCGGUGUGAACGUGACUUUGUAAGGUAUUAUGUGAAGUGGAAAUGCAUGUGGAAGUUUUUCAAAUAAGUUAAAGAAUAAGUGGAAAUUGCAGCAAAUAAUAGACAUGUGUUUAGUUCAAGUAAUUCGACCAGAAAUUUAUCAUAAUUUCGCAUAAAAUCAUGGGAAAAUUAAAUUUGAAACAGCGCUACGUCGAAACGGUAAAUGUGAGUGUAGUAAAAAGUGAGCAUCCCGCAUUUUGCUAAAUUAAUUAAAAAAAUAAUUAUAUCUAAGAUGCUAAUUUUAAUUUGGCCAUGCAAAGUACUGUUUAAUUUGAUAUUGUAGUCCUCUCUCUUUUCUUUUCAACAAGUCUUGUGAAGUGCAAAAAUUGUAAAUUUCGCGUUUCGGUACCAGUAAUUCUUAGUUUUUUUUCUAAAAAAAUAUAUACAUAUAUUAUACAAAGUAUUUACAACAAAGCUAUGUUUGUGUUAGUUUGUAAUAACAAUUACGUAUAUUAAAGUAACAUUGGCCUACGAUAUAGAAAUUUUUAAGAGGAUUUUAAAAUAUUUUAUCAUAUACAACAUUUCAUCAAAUACGGAAACUCAUUUGGAAACGAAGCUAAAAAAGAAAACUUAAAGGAAAAUAAUGUACGGGCAAGCUGGGGUCUGGGUCAACAAGAGAAGAGAUGGUUGAUUUUUUUAAGGGCUUAUCUCGAUUUCGACUACGAGUGCUAUGGAAUAAAGUUAUCUAGCAAAGUUGUAGGUAAUGAAAAGAUCUAUAACUUUUGUAUUAACACCUUUUUCACAUUUUUGUAUUAACACUUUAACCUCAAAGUUUAUUUGAAAAAUUCAAUUAAUAAUUUUUUUUUAUUUUAUUAAAAAAUUUUUUUUUUUUAAAUAGUUUUUUAAAUUUUUAUUUAUAUCUAAUUUUAUUUUUUAAUUUUUUUCUUAAAAUUUUUUUUUAUAUUUAAUUUAAUUUUUUAAUUUUUUUUUCAAUUUUUUUUUUUAUCCCUUACAAAAAAAAAUUCUUUCACAAAAUUUGGUGUAAACUAAUACUUUUAUGUCCAAAGCAUGAUGUAUUUUUUAUUUAUUAUUUAAAAUAUUUUUUAUUCCAUCUUAUAUUGACUUAAUAUUUCAAUCGAAAAUUCGCUCGUCAAAAUAUCUGCUUUUUCCAUAGGACUCGUAGGAGCGAGAAAUUUCAACACUACCUUCCCUUCUUCUUACCAACCUCACAUCGCCCGCAAAACUGUUUUCCCUCUAACUUUUGUUAUUUCGUCUUUCUUUUCCAAGCGGUUUCAUCUAUUAAUAUUUCAGAAAAACAGUCAACAGUGUGCUAUUCAAGAAAGAAUAUGACACAAUUUUUUUGUAUUUUUUUUAGUUACUCGUUACAAUUUAAAAAAAAAACAAUUUUUACCGAAGAGAUAAAAAGCGAAAGUAUGGAAAGUUAAUUAACUAUUUAAUUAAUUGCCACUAAGCAUAGAUCAAAAGAUUGUAAAAUAAUUCAUAUUAAAAAAUCCUCCAACAUCAUGCUUAGUAAUAGAAAUACAUAAACAAAACUAUAUAGCUACAUACAUAUAUGACUACUAGUGAAAAGUUGCAAGCUCAAAUGCGAACAAAAUCGUAGAGUUGUUUACCGAGCAAAGAGAGCGGCAUGGAACUGCAUAUGUACUAGAAGAGAAUGAAAAAUUGAUUCAUGCACUGUUUGUCAAUUUGUAUGGAAAUUGUGCGUAAUAGAUAGUUGAUAAGUCCAGUUAAUAAACAUGAUUUCUCAUUUGUAAACCACGAAAAUAAAACAAAACAAAUUAAGAAAUGAAAUAAAGUUACAUGAUUUUUAAUGGUA